UCACGUCCGUUUGUCUGUGGUUAGCACUUACUUUAGUAUCUGCUUAGCAUGACCUCCAAAACUAUGCUCGCUUUCUUGUAGAACUUUUAUGCUGGAUGACGCACUCGUUGGGGAUUCCCCUAAUUCAGCGCUUUUUUGAAAAUCUCCGUAUUUUUAUCACGUCGCACAGUUGAGUUUCUCCUCUUAUCAACCCUUGACACAAUGUAGGGAAACUGUGUGUGACUCACCACAGCAACGGUCAUGCACUCAUUCGAGAUUCGAUAUACAACAGUGCGUAAAUUCGGCUCCACAAUUUCGGGCGCCCAGAUUAGCUUCUAGUUGUGUUCUAAUUGUGAGACUGGCAAGAUCGCAAGAAGGAGGAUGUGCAAAUUGGUGUGUUUUAUGGUGUGGAGUUUGCUAUGUUUGCCGGAGUUUGUCCUACCCCAGGCAACGUAUCAGUGUGGCAUCAGGCAGCACGGAGUCCUUCCUCUGGUGGGUAAGGGUUCGGAGGUGGAAGAGGGCCAUUGGCCAUGGCACGCGGCCGUCUUUCAGAGGCUGAAAAGUGAUGACCCGUUCAAGUAUGGCUGCGGAGGAACUUUGGUCAACGAGAGGCACGUCCUGACGGCAGCUCACUGCGUGGUUAAGCGGAUAGCUCGCAAUCAGUUACCCGCGAUUACGUACGAGAUCGAGCUCCAUUUCGGUCAGCACCAACUGUCGAAUGUGACCGAUAGCGUGGUUAUUCGGGACGUCAGCAAGGCUCACGUUCAUCCACAAUAUGCGCUCAAUAGGAAUGAUAUCGCUGUGCUGGCAAUGCGAUUGCCAGUCGACUAUUCCGAUACUGUGAUUCCGAUCUGUCUAGAUCAAAAGGUGGACAGUGACCUACGGGAGUUGGAAGGCCAACGAGGCUGGAUCACAGGGUGGGGAAAGACAGAGAAUGGAAACCUUUCAGAUAUUCUCCAGACGGCUUCGAUGACUGUGAUUGGUUACGUUAGUUGCCUGAAGGACGAUCCGUUACUUAAUGGACAUGUUUUGAAUGAAAAUGUAUUCUGCGCUGGAAGUCAAAAUAAAGCCGACCCUGGACUGGCAAGCAGUGGCAGUGGAAUGUACAUCAGUGAUGGCGAUCGUUGGAUUCUCAGGGGAAUCGUUUCGCUUGGAAAGUAUAACGAACUGAAGCAAGAGGUUGAGCCGUUAAAGUAUACUGUGUUUGUUAACGUUCAACCGUACCUCAUAUGGAUCAAGGAGGUUAUUGCCGAGAGUGAGCCUCGUAAGGACAGAACACAGAAGCGGAUUAGCGAACUGGAAUGCGAAAGGUUCCAGAGCUUGGCAGUGCAACUACACAAUGGUGAUUGUGUUAACAACAGAUACCGGCACGAUGUGUUGAUAUUUGACGCUACCGUUAUGGAAUGCAAUGGUGUUUUAGUUGAGGAAAACCAUGUAAUAACAACUUGCAGCUGCAUUCGUUCAAGGCAAUUCGCUUUCCAAUAUCAGGAAGCAACAGUAAUGAUCGACUCGUACGGAAAUGUGCAAAUUUCGGAAAUGUUCUGUCAUCCGAAAUACACCGGCUUCAAGAAACACUACGAUAUAGCAAUUAUAAAGUUGAAUGCAAGUGUUUCUCUCGGUUUCACCCUGAUUCCCACAUGCUUAGCAAAUAAUUGGACCGAGAACCUGUACGAUACUCUCAUACAAACUUUGUUUGUUAGUGAAUGGUUCGGUAACAAUAUGACGCUUAUUGUUUCGGAAGACAACAGACUCACGUCGGAGAAAGAAUGCAGCGCGUCUAUGCGAACCGAUGAACUAUGCGUUAGGAGUUCUGAUCAUUCGUUGUAUCAAAAUAACUCCGAAUUGAUCGACAAAGCAUCAUGGGGCGCCGCAUUGCAGACGUUCAGCAACCGAUCUUGCAUGCCCACAUUAGUUGGACUCAUGGUACGCAAUGUGAAAAAGAAUAGUCUGCCUACUCCAUCUUGGGUUGAUCUAUACACUCGAGUUUCCUCCUAUUUGGACUGGAUUGAGCAGGGCGUCUGGAAUGUACAACCCAAAGAAAUACAGCUGUCCAUAUUAGGAUCAGAACCCAGAACAACGGCUGACGCAGAGUUUUCUGACAACUACAAUGUGGACAUUUUGCACUGGAGUUCGAACUCCAGUGCAUUCGAACCAAGAUGCAGCGGCACUGUUAUCAGCGUAAAGCAUGUUCUGACAACGGCACAGUGCGUCACGAAUGGCACCAUCGGUAAACCAUUGGCAGCAGAUAUGUUUGAACUUCAUUUCGGGAAGUACCCCAAGGGUCAACGUACUGAGAACGACUAUAUCAGAUACGUCAGCGAAGUUCAAGUCCAUCCGGAGCACUCAGUCAACGAUAUAGCCAUACUGGUAACCAGCUGGCCAGUCAGAAAAUCACAAUAUGUGGCGCACUGCAGUUUUAUCAACAGCUCAGAUUUUAUGUAUUCUGUAACGACCGAAGUCUCCCUCACUGGAUGGAGUAUAGGGAAGACAGACAAACCAAACAAUGAAUCCAAAGAUAACUUUUACUACUCUACCGAGGGGAAAUCAAGACGGGUAUGUCUUCAAAACACAACUAUCUGCGAUUACAUCUUUAUUUUGGACCGCCAGGAAUGCUCCAAAGUCGGACUGAGGCUCUCCGUAAACCAGUUUUGCGCCAGCUAUCCCAAUGAGCAAGUACGUAUCAUCGCUGACCAUGGAUCUGGAAUGCGAUUGUUCAUCAAUUAUACGUGGGUUUUGGCAGGAGUCGUAUCAUCAGAAACGAAAGGCAAUGAUGGCAAAACCUACACAAUUCUUACGAACGCUCAGCCGUAUAUUUCGUGGAUCGAUGGGAUCAUGUCUGGCGGAAAAAUCAAAAGAAUCAGCGAGAGAGAGUGCGAACGUUUUAGUAGCUAUGUCACCAAAAAAAGAGGAGCUUGUUAUCAUUCAUUUGGACACAUUGUUAGACUUUACGACAUCUCCAAAGAAUAUGUUUGCCUUGGUGUACUUGUUAAGGAAAAUCGAGUAUUGACUUCUUGUCAAUGCACACGAUACCCGAACCGGCCGUCAAAAGUACAACUGCAGGAUGGCACCCUGGUGGAUAUUUCGAAAAAGAUUUGCCAUCCGGAUUACAACUCCACUACUCUCCGGCAUGAUCUGGCCGUUCUUGAACUAGCAACUGCGGUUGAUCCGGAGGCUGUCGAGAUUGCCUGUUUGGCGAACGCCGACACCGAAGAUCUUCUGAACCCCGUGGUACAAGUGGCGUCCUGGCAGAGAGCAACGGUAAGUAUUUUGAUUCAAAAUUUAUUUUUAGAACUCGUAUUGUCUAUCCGAUUGGAAUCAAGACAGACAUUCCAUCAAAAAUUGCCGUUUUCUUGGUCCACAAGUGUCGCAACUGUUUCGCAUCUAGUGCGCUGUGUUGCUGACAGCGACGGGAAGGAUGCGCACUACUUUUGACAUGAUUCAAAAACGUCGCGAGUUGGGUCGCGUCGCGAUUCGAUUGUGCGACGUUCGGUUUGGUGGCGGC